AGAGCGGCAGCAGCAGAGGCAGAGGUGAAAAGUCUGGAUAUGUUUUCGUACCACAGGAGGCGUACUAACGACCGAUGACAUUGUAAAUACUAAAUAACCUCUGGGUUGCACAGUACUUGGCGGUUCUGUUCACGGUGAGAAGAAUACAUUGAUGUUUAUGUUAGCCACUAAGCUAACACAAGAUAUUUGUUCGCUAGCUAACAGAGGACUGUGUUAGCUCACCACCGCUACCAUCCUCGCUCUGGGCCAGCUGUGCAUCGCCCUCUCUUCCUACGAUGGGAAACGCAGCCACUGCCAAGAAAGGCAAUGAACAAGAAAGCGUGAAAGAGUUCUUAGCUAAAGCCAAAGAAGAUUUUCUAAGAAAGUGGGAAUGCCCUCCACAGUGCACAACUGGCCUGGAUGACUUUGACCGAUUCAAGACAUUGGGCACUGGCUCGUUCGGGCGCGUCAUGCUUGUCAAACACAAAGGAACAAACCAAUUCUAUGCCAUGAAGAUCUUGGACAAACAGAAAGUGGUCAAGUUAAAGCAGAUAGAACACACUUUAAAUGAAAAGAGAAUUCUACAGGCUGUGUCCUUUCCCUUCCUGGUGAGACUGGUGUACGCUUUUAAGGACAACUCAAACUUGUACAUGGUGAUGGAGUAUGUGCCUGGUGGAGAGAUGUUCUCCCAUCUUAGACGUACUGGAAGAUUCAGUGAAAACCACGCACGAUUUUAUGCAGCUCAGAUAGUACUCACUUUUGAGUACCUUCACUCUUUAGACCUCAUCUACCGAGACCUAAAACCUGAAAAUCUGCUCAUAGAUCAACAUGGUUAUAUUCAGGUGACAGAUUUUGGCUUUGCCAAGAGAGUUAAAGGGAGGACCUGGACAUUGUGUGGGACCCCCGAGUACCUGGCUCCAGAAAUUAUCCUCAGCAAGGGCUACAACAAAGCUGUGGACUGGUGGGCUCUGGGGGUUCUGAUCUAUGAGAUGGCUGCUGGAUACCCUCCGUUUUUUGCUGAUCAGCCAAUUCAAAUAUACGAAAAAAUUGUAUCUGGAAAGGUACGAUUCCCUUCUCACUUUAGUUCAGAUCUGAAGGAUCUCCUAAGAAAUCUACUGCAAGUGGACCUGACAAAGAGAUUUGGUAACCUGAAGAAUGGGGUAAAUGACAUUAAAAAUCACAAGUGGUUCUCGACAACAGACUGGAUUGCCAUCUAUGAAAGAAAGAUCGAGGCCCCUUUCUUGCCAAAGUGCAGAGGACCUGGUGACACAAGUAACUUUGAUGAUUACGAAGAGGAGGAGAUCCGCGUGUCUCAAACAGAAAAGUGUGCAAAGGAAUUUGCAGACUUCUAGUGAAUGGGGAAGAGUCCCCUAAGGACUCAUAGUUAGGAUGAUUGCACUCCUGAGGUUAAAUAUGGAAUUGAGGCUGUUACAUUUGUAGCUCAACUUCCACUUAAAUUCCACUCUGCAUUUAGUUGUGUGCCCUUUGCACAAAACAGAUACAUUAGCCAGACAUGUCUUGUCCUGUGAAGCAAAAAAUAUAUUUUUAACAAUCCAUAGACAUUUUAAUUCCUCAAGUCUGCUUUAUUAGUGUUUCUUUGUUUCCGGAUCAAAAAUAACAUUCAAAACCAAUGAGGACUGAAGACCCUUUUAGUAACUAGAAAUGAGUUGAGCAUAUUUUUCUCAAACUAAAGGGAAUUUGUUUUCUUUCACCUUUCUGGGAUUUUUAUGUGUCAAAUAGGCAAAAGUAUUUUGGUAACCAUUCUGCAUCCAUCUAGAUAUGCAUAUAGAGGAAGAUGUGACUAUACUUCUGAUAAAAACUCGAUAGGCAGUGUGUUUAGUGAUCAAUUUUUCACACUUCAUAUCUGGUCACGAGACAGUUACUUUUACCUCAGCCUAAGUAUGGCAUUUAUUGUAUGAAGUAAAACUAUAUAUUUUUCAGGUACAACUUUCACAGGAAAGAAGGUAGCUAUAGGUUUUAAAUCAAUCCACACAACUGAACAUGAUUCUUACAAUGAACUAUCAAGUGCAUUCUUACAGUAGAAGUUGGAGCAAUGCGUGUGGUUGUCGACAACCAUUUCAUUUUAUUCAUUACCUUUGGAGCUAAGUCUUCCCCUAACAUGUUGUUAUUGUUCAAAGGCAUAUUCUGUCUGUCUGUUUGUAUGUGAUCCAGUCUGAGUAGCAGUGACACAAAAAUUAUCCCACCUUUUGAUUUGUUAUUGGUGUUUUUGUUUUAUGGUUUUAGCCUGUGACACCUGCUGCUUAAUUUUCCAAUCGUUGCUUCCAUUGUAGAAACAAAACAGAACCUCCAAAACAUUAUAAUCUUAGUAAUAACUAAAGGGGACAUAUUAUGUACAAUUUACUUUUAACCCUAUUAUAACAGUGUUCCCCUGCCAUUAGCUUACGCAGAGCUCUCUUUGAUUGAUUCAUUUGAGGAAUCCUACAUUGUUCUGCAUUCCUGGUUUGAGUGCUCAGAAAGUUUGUUUUCACUUACCUCCUAUCUUUGCUCUUGUUCUGUAUUUACUUGUAUGAUUUAAAAAAUCAGACUCCAAAUCCAAAUUAUAGGGUUCAAAAAUUGCAUGUGGUCAUUUUUCAAAAAUGUAAACAUAAAGAAAAAUCUGCUGCUAUUGUAAAAUACCACUUUGAAGAGAGAGUCUCAGUUGUCUCAGCUCUGUUGUUUUGAACCACUUCUAUUAUGAAGCUAUUUUAGAUCAAUAAUGUGUUUUAAUAUGAACAAAGUGUAAAAUAAUAAUCUGCAUAUAUUAGGAGAAAAAAACAACAUAAUAUGUCCUCUUUAAAGUCAAUUAUUAUGGGGCAUUUGAUUUCAGGCCAAGUUUGUAGUUUUGUAAAUCAGUUUUAAGGUUUGUAAAGCCCCGACUCCCAGUGUGGAUUGUUGACUUGGGAUCAGUCCCAGUCCCUUUCAGGUCAGUUUGUAGCAUUGCAUUAAUAGCUUCCAAAAUGGGGUUAGAUUGUUGUUUGACGGUGCUCACAUUAUAAGAAAAGAUGGGAAAAUCAGUCAUAAUCAAUCAUAAAUAAAUGUGAAAAUCAAGAGUGAGUGAAAAAGGCACAGAUCUUGUACUGUCAAUCAUUACUCAAUUUGACUGACUUUGUCUAUAGAGCACAUACAUACACUUUUUGUAAACAGUAGCCUAUAAUUUCUUCCCAGUUGGUUUAGGUUUUGUAUUGAUUUAUAUAUUGUACUAUUAUUUUCUUCUUAGAUAAACACUGGUAGGCCUAAAUGUAAUUUGCAAUGGUGUUUCCGCAUGUACCAGAACUGCCUGUGUGUAAAUCUGAUAUUUCCAGGAUUUUGUCUGAAAUGUGCAGCUUCUGAAAAUGUGUUUCAAUGUGAUCAAUGUUUGUCUUUAUUUGAUCAUGUAAAUGGCAGCACUUUUCCUGAGCUACUUCACAAUCCCUAAAUGAAGGAAAUCACUUUAAGCUCUUCACAACUGACUCAAGUCCCUUGCACUGGUCAGAAAUCAAAAUGCUCUUUUGUUUGGGUUGUGACAUUUUUGCACUUUUGUUUUACCAAUAUUUAUUUACGUUUGCAAGGGGAGAUACUAUGCUGCAGCAUAUUUUAUGGUUAUGUCACUAUAAUACAUUUUUAUUAAAACCCAAAAA